AUGGACCGUGGCCGCUCGAGAGACAUCUCUCCCAUCGCCUUCGCCCGCCCUGCCCGCCAGCACGGCACCUACACCUCCCCCGCCCUCGUCCAGAGGCAAGCCACCAUCCACCUCUAUGCGCCCCUGCCGCCAGCCUGUUCCAAAUACACCCCUGCCAUCGAACCACCUGUGGACGCACGCGACCACCUAAACCACCUCCCGUCCCCCGUCCCGUCCUCCUCACGCCUCCCACCCUCCCCUCAGCCAGACCACUCCUCGCUGUCCACCUCCCCCUCCGACACUCUUCCUCGCACCCACUCCUCCAACAGUGUCUUCUCCGAUUCCUCCGAGCCAACCCCCCUCGAGCCACUCACCCCACCCGAUGACAGCUCAUACCAGCUCGACCGCCCGUUGGAAUACUACGACUCCCCACCUUCUCCUCCUCGCACCCUCCAGGACCAGAUGCAGAACGCCUACGCCCUCGACAACAUGCUCCUCGCCAAGAAGCUUCUCCUCAAGCUUCAGGGCAUCGACGUCUCGGGCGACGACGACCCCCGCAUCGCCGCCGUCCGUGACGAAGACUUCUCUUCCUCCUUCGUUCCCGAAGGCGGUCUCCGGCUCGACGCCGAGACCGAGGCGCGCAUAGAGGCCGCCGAGCGCCGCGCGCUCGAGGCCCAGAAACGUCGCGAGCGCGAGGCCCGUCUGCGCCAAUGCGAACGCAUCUGGGAGAAUUCCGCACGACGUCACCGCGGCGACAAGGAGCGCUCCGCGCGCGCGAAGGAGGACGCCGACCGUGCGCGACGCGACGCGCAGCGGAGGGAGAAGGAGGCGGAGCGCGACCGGGCGAGGCGCGCGGAGGCGGCGCGGGCUGCGCGGAGCAGUGGGCAGUUGCGGAUCGCGCGCGGCCAGACCCGUCAGCUCGUGUGCUAUGACGGGCUCAGGAACGCGGACUCGCGGAUUCUCAAGGCCACGCCGGCGGCGGACCGCGCGGGAGAUAACGGUCAGCAGCAGCACUUCCUCUACGACAUCAUGCCGUCCCCACCCUCGCGCACCGCCUCUCUCGCGUCCUACUCUCCGCCCACCAGCCGCUCCCCGACGGACAAGGACAAUCUGACGAUGCAGCGGAUGCAGCGGGAGUUGGCAGCCAAGCAUGCGAAGGCCAUCUCCCGAUCGGUCGCGUUCACGGACAUGCUCGUGGCCAUGCAUGGGCCCCUCUUCCCUGACGACGUCGACACGCCGGUCUUUACUCGCCAUGGGGCCCAUCAGAACGAGCUGCUAGCCGUCCUACUGCAUCCACCCGAGAAGAGCAUCGAGAAGGGCAAGUGUCGUAUCCAGGAGAGUCCGAAGAGGGUCGCGACGGCGAAGAAGACAGCUAUCUCUCGCAUUGUCAGGUCCUCUACCCUCGACUCGGUCGAGUCGGACGCGAGUACGUCUUCCAUCACUCCCUCCUCGGCCUCCACCGCUACUCGCUCGGGGUCAUGGUUCUCCUUCGGGAGUAAGAGCUCUAUCCGCUCGACCUCGACGGUGUUGACGACGCCUUCCUCCUCGCCCGUCGCUCCCACGAAGCCUCCAGCUAUUCUUGGCAUGCCCUUCUCCGCCUCCCCUCCGUCAGACUGCCCUCUCGUACGCAGAGCGUCUUCCAAGCCUCCGAUGGCUCCCACCAUUCCUGCGGUGGACCAUCCAUUAGCCCUCCCGGUGCCACUUGAACUCAAGUCGAAGGAGCACCUUGCUGUUGGUCGUGGUCGCCCCCUCACUCGGCGCUCGGACGUGCCACCAUCCACCGAUGAGCAUGGAACAGGCUCGUCCACGCUCGUUCACCGAGUCAGUCGUUCGGUGUCCAGCAUCCUUGACAUGGCUGCUCAAUUCCAGCGUGCGUACGUCAAGGCGACCAUGUUCUCCGCCGGUGUCGAUCUCUACGGCAGCUCCUCUUCCGGCUCACGCUCCUUCUCCCGCUCCCGCUCCCCGAUAUACGCCAGUGGGGCCGGCACCUCGCGUUCGCACAGACGAAACGGCCUGAAACCUGAUGGCUUCCGCGCUACGUCCGUCGACGUGAAUACUUUCGCCCCACUCGACAUGUACCACGAGGAUGAGUCGAUGCAAUACCAACGCACACUCAUUCCGCUCUGCCCGCCCUCUUCCGACACACUUCCCGCGCACGAGCGCGUCUUCCCCAUUCCUCCCCCGCUUCCCCGCUCGCCCUUCCGGCCGCAGUUCGCUCCGGGUAUGCGUCUGUCGCGCAUGCGUCCCGUGGCGAACCCGGUGCUGCUCAGGCUCCAGGCGCUCCACAAUACCUGCCAGCAGAGCGCCAUCGCCUGGCAGCGCGGACGGGAGGGCUCGCUCGCGGCGGGCAAGGAGAAGAUGGUCGGGGUCGCUUGGGAGGGCAUCGGGAGGAGCAGCCUCGGGUGGGAGGUCAGUUCCGCUCCUCGCACCAGCCGGACUCCGCGUUGGUGCUAG